AUGGAAUUACUGUCGAUCAACUCAGGUGUCUCAAACUGCAGGACAGUGUCUUUGGUGUCCUCGAUAAACCUGACGACCCUGGGUAACAUACUCCCCAGACCUGUACUUGUAAUAUCCGGUAUCAAAACACCUUCGUUGUAUAGAGUGUCUAUGGCCGUGAAGUGGGGGAAGCCUCGGCUGCUGUCUACAAUGGAAGUCUUCACUGAUGGGAUGAGCAUAUGGAGCACCGAGUACAUGGUCUUCGCCGAAUCUUGGGCGGCCAGUUCUGCCGCGGCGAGGGUAAGGAUGGUCGGGGCCGCCGAGGACGGGGCGUGCCAGGUCAUCGUCGGCGUCGGGAUCUCCGAGAUCGUUGUAGACAUCGUAGUCGUAAAUCCUCUCGAAGGUCUUGCGCUCACCUUGGCCGUCGCCACGUAG